ACUUCCGGCAUAAAUGUUGCAGACCACUCAUCAGCCACUACCGACUUAUUCCGAGUCUGGCCGAAUAAACGUUAACAAUAGCAAUCGUGAUACAUCGAAUAACGCCGGAAUCCUCCGCAAUAAAUCGUCUGCUGCUCAAGAGUGUAUCCGGAAGCUUUGUACAUCAUCAGAAUAUGCAAAGUAACACUGGAUGGAAAAAGAAUCUUCUGUCGUAAAGUCGGGGUUCCUCUUAAAAUGGCUGAUCAAGCGUUGGAAGAUGAGAUGGAUGAUACUUCAUGAAGUUGAACUGAAAUGCUUUCUGAAGAGAGACAAAACUGUACUUGUUGAGACCAUUCCACUGCAGGGAGCUUCAGUUAUCUGUCCUUGUUAUGAUGAACCUGAAGUUAAUAUUGAGAGAGCCUUCAAGCUAGCCACCCAGCAUGGGGAGGAGCUGUUGUUUCAGGCAGCCGGGCUGCAGGAAAGGGACGGCUGGGCACACGCAAUUGGGGCUGUCAUACGCUCCAUCACUACUUCUAGUCAAACCUCUAACAGUCCUGUAAAAUUUCAACAUUUUCGUGCCAAAGCCAAUGUGAGUGAGGUACUUGGAGCCCUACAAGACCCUGAUGCUGGUGUUGAAAUGACAAGUCACAUCAGAAAUGGAGUUGUUCACAAGAAUUGCUUCAAAGGAAGUGAUGUCAUCAAGUGGUUGCUACGCUGGAACAUUGUUCGUCGCCGCGGCGACGGGGUGGCUCUGGCACAGAGCUUGUUGAAACUGGGGCAUCUACAGGAGGUGGAUGUGUCUGAUGGAUCUAUCGGAGCCUCACAACUGUUCAAAGAUGACGAAAAGUUGUACAGAUUUACCUCACUAAACCUUGGUGUUCAACGUAACAGCUAUUUCGAUAGCUCUGACAGCGACUCUAGUCUCUCAGAUGAGGAUGAGGAUGGCAAAAUUGAAGAGAAGGUCAAAAAAGGAAAAAUUAUCAAAACGGGAUUUCUAUGCAAGAAAAAAUCUCUGAGGAAAGGCUGGCGAUUUGUCCGUAUAGUGCUGAGAGAUAGCCCCCCUCUAUUACAAUAUGAAUGUCCAUACAGAAGCUCUGCUAAGGACCAGAAGUUAGAGACAAAGAACGUAUCCAAGUUCAUAGAUCUGCAGAACUGCUACCUGGCAGUGUCCAGUCGCAGUUCCACAGGUUUGAGUGACACCAGAGAGCAAGAUCCUCCCACCAAGCUGCGUGUGUACGUGAGAUCCAAGGGAGGUAAAUGUCGCACAUUUCAGACCAAGGAUUCAGACGAGUGGUUUGAAUACGUCUCUACGCUGCAGUCCCUUUGUCAAGCCAGACCGUCUUCUGCCAAAUCCAACAAGUCAUCAGAGCCGGUCUUAGAGUAAAUAGGAGCAGCAUUUCGGGAAAAGAGUGCUAAAUGCAUGUGCGUAAAGUGUCGUGCCAGAUAAGCCUGUGCAGUUCACAUAAGCUUAUCAGGGAAAAACAUUUUCCUCUUUUGUUUUUUUUUGUGUAUGUGAAAACCCUUAUAAUCGAAAAUCCAGUGUCGACGGAAAAUGUCAUCCCUGAUAAGCCUGUAUAGACUGCACGAGCUAAUCUAGGACCACACUUUACACACAUGCAUUAAGCCCAGUUUUCCCAGAAUGAGGCUCAAAGGUGUUAAAUUUUCUGGCUAGUGCCAUUACACAACCUUGAUCCACAUGGAACACUUGUUACUAAAUGCACAUUUUUGUUGAUGCUAAGAGAUUUGUAUUUGAUAAUCAUUAAAACUCUAGUCAAAAACCUUUUUUUUUCAGAAAAAAUCAGUCAGUUCAAAAUAUUGAAUAAUUUAGCAGUUAUUUGUUAUUUGGUUUAUGUACUUAUAGAUGUUGGUGAUGUACUAAAAUUAUGAUUUAUAAAAAAAACAUAUCUUUGCAAAAAAUUGUUCUUAAUUUGAAUGUGUUCAGGUUUGGAAGAUUUUUUUUAUGGACAUUGUAAACUGUAAAUUGUAUCAAAGGUAAUUGAAAGUAGAUAAAAGUAUUCUUGUUUCAUUCAUUGUAAGGCCUAAUGCAACAUAAAUACAAUUAAGAAUGAAUCUUAUAGAGUUGAUUAACAAUAUUAAAUUGUCUCAUAGUAUUAGUAUUCACUUUAAUUAAAUAUACAUAUAUUCCAUAUUAUGGUUUCUAAAAAGUGCUUUUGUAGAAAUCCAGAAGGGAUGUAAUUUUAGCUAUGCAAAGGGUUGUACAGGAAUUGCCCUAUGUUAAUUUUGUGCUGUAAAUUUUAUAAAUGUGUAUGAUGACUGUCAUUGUAACACUAAUUUAUGUGAAUAUUUCUUGUUCUUAAUAUGAUUUGAAAAUGAUCAUGUACACAAAUAUUAAAUAUACAUGUAUGUUUACAGUAAGGCAUCAGUUUGGACCUUUUUCAACUUCCUGUUUCAAAUAUGUUACAUUUUGUUGAUAUAUUUUGAUUUUUUUUUAAAGAUUUUUUGUACGGACAUUGUUUCUUUUUCUUUUUUUACUGUACAUAUACAGAUUGUAUUGUGUAUUUCCUCUAAGUUUGAUAUCCUGCUAUUCAGAUAAUCAAAACCUCUCCUCUUAUUAACUUGCUCUUUUAGAAAAUUUAUUCAGAAUUUAGUACUUUGUGUUUGGUUCUGCUUGUGUUAGUUGUCAUCAGAGCUCCAGAUAAGAGGCGUUUUUACGCAUUGAAAACAUGAAAAAAACGCAUUAAAAAUCGACCCAGUACGUAACAGAACGCAAUACAAAUCUUGGUAAGUAUUUUAAAUCGAUUAAAGUGAGUAACUGGUUUACCAAUAAUCCAGUUGAGUUUUUUGUGUAAGUUAACCUUUGAAUCAAAAGUAAGUCAAUCCCAACAAUAAGCUUGCAAUAAAAUUGCGGCCCAUCAUGUUGGUGGGUCAAGAAAGGGACGUUUUAAGCGACCAUUUACUUUGUCAGUUUUCUAUGGAAAUGGAAAAUACCCCAAAAUAUUCCUAAAUACCCUUUUUGGCUGAAACAACGGAGUAAAAUACGCUUUAACAAUAAUAUCAGGGGGUGAAAUACCCUUUACUAAAUCCUUAUCUGGAGCUCUGGUUGUCAUCUGGUUGCUUGUGGAUUUGAUUAUAGAUAUUUUGGGCUGAUGGCAUCAUGCGGUAAAAAAAAUAUUACAUUUUAUGCCUAUUGUUGCAUAGAAAUCCUAAGGCUUAUUACAUUUUCUAACUCUUAAGUAUGUUUCUUUAGUAGAACCAGCACUUUUUUUUUCUUUUUUUUUUGGGGGGGGGGGGGGGGUGAAAUCUAAAGAACGCUCCCACAGUAGGGAUCAAAUAUGUGACCUUUCAGUCACUAGGCGGACACCAUAUCCACUGCGACCUGUAUACAUCAUCAUUCGAUAUUCAUUGGAAUAACAUCCAGAGCAACUUUUUUUUAGCUCACCUGAGCACAACGUGCUCAUGGUGAGCUUUUGUGAUCACCUUUCGUCUGUCAUGUGUUGUGCGGCGUCAACAUUUGACUUGUUAACUCUCUAGAGGCCACAUUUAUUGUCCAAUCUUCAUGAAAUUUAGUCAGAAGAUUGGUCUCAAUCAUAUCUUUGAUGAGUUCGAAAAUGGUUACGUUUGCUUGAAAAACAUGGCCGCCAGGGGGCGGGGCAUUUUCCUUAUAUGGCUAUUGUAAAACCUUGUUAGCACUCUAGAGGCCACAUUUAUUUUCCGAUCUUCAUGAAACUUGCUCAGAAGAUUUGUCCCACUGGUAUCUUUGAUGAGAUCAAAAAUGGUAACCUUUGCUUGAAAAACAUGGCUGCCAAGGGGCGGGGCAUUUUCCUUAUAUGGCUAUAUAUGGCUAUAGUAAAAUCUUGUUAACACUAUAGAGGCUACAUUUAUUGUCCAAUCUUAAUGAACCUUGGUCAGAAGAUUCAUCCCAAUUAUAUCUUGGAUGAGUAGUAAAUGAUGCUGGUUGGUUGAAAAACAUGGCCGCCAGGGGGCGGGGCAUUUUUCCUUAUAUGUCUAUAGUAAAACCUUGUUAACACUCUAGAGGACACAUUUAUUGUCCAAUCUUGAUGACAUAUAGUCAGAAGAUUUGUCUUAAUGAUAUCUUGGAUGAGUUCGAAAACGGUUAUGUUUGCUUGAAUAACAUGGCUGCCAAUGGGCUGGGCAUUUUUCCUUAUAUGGCUAUAUAAGGCUAUAGUAAAAAUCUUGUUAACACUCUAGAGGCCACAUUUAUAGUCCGAUCUUCAUGAAACUCGGUAAGAAUAUUCAUCCCAAUAAUAUCUUGGAUGAGUUCAAAAAUGAUGCCGGGUGGUUGAAAAACAUGGCCACCACAGGGGAGGGGCUAUUUUCCUUAUAUGGCUAUAGUAAAACCUUGUUAAUACUCUAGAGGUCACAUUUAUUUUCCGAUCAUCAUGACACUUGGUCAGAAGAUUUGUCCCAAUGAUAUCUUGGGUGAGUUCUAAAAUGGUAACAUGGCAACCAGGGGCGGGGCAUUUUUCCUUGUAUGGCUAUAAAUGGCUAUAGUAAAACCUUGUUAACACUCUUGAGGCCACAUUUAUUGUCCAAUCUUCAUGAAAUUUGGUCAGAAGAUUGGUCUCAAUGAUAUCUUGGAUGAGUUUGAAAAUAAUUAUGUUUGCUUGAAAAAAAUGGCUUCCAAGGGGCGGGGCAUUUUUCCUUAUAUGGCUAUAGUAAAAUCUUGUUAACACUCUAGAGGCCACAUUUAUUGUCCGAUCUUCAUGAAACUUGGUCAGAAGAUUAAUCCCGAUAAUAUCUUGGAUGAGUUAAAAAAUGAUGCCGGUUGGUUGAAAAACAUGGCUGCCAGGGAGCGGGGCAUUUUUCCUUUUAUGGCUAAAGUAAAACCUUGUUAACACUCUAGAGGCCACAUUUAUUUUCCGAUCUUCGUGAAAAUUGGUCAGAAGAUUUGUCCCUAUAAUAUCCUGUUACCUCAGGUGAGCGACUUUGGGCCUUUCAGGCCCUCUUGUUUAAAAUGUUUAAAAUUAUACUUUUUCACAGUGAGCUUUUGUGAUCACGUUUUGUCCAUCGUGCAUCUGACAGUGUCAACAUUUGCCUUGUUAACACUCUAGAGGCUACAUUUAUUGUCCGAUCUUCAUGAAACUUGGUCAGAAGAUAUGUGCCAAUGAUAUCUUGGACAAGUUUGAAAAUGAUUUUGGUUGGUUGAACAGUAUGGCUGCCAGGGGGCAGGGCAUUUUCCUAAUAUGCCUAUAGUAAAAACUUGUUAACACUCUAAAAGUCACUUUUUUUCCAAUCUUUAUGAAACUUGGUUAGAACAUUUGUUAUAAUGAUAACUUGGGCGAGUGUGAAAAUGGUUCCGGUCUGUUGAAAAACAUGGCCUUCAGGGGGCUGGGAAUUUAUCCUUAUAUGGCUAUAGUAAAACCUUGUUAACACUCUAAAAGUUACAUUUAUAGUUCACUCAUCAUGAAACUUUUUCAGGACAUUUGUUUUUAUGAUAUCUUAGGCUCCACAGAACAGGUUAGUUCCUUUGUAUCUCAGGUGAGCCACUUUGGACCUUUCAGGCCCUCUUGUUUCAUUAAGGAAUACAUGGAAACAAAACUGAAUAACCUGUGUGAAAAAACACUUUCCAAGGUAAUCCAUUACCCUUGCAAAAGUGACCCAAUAAUGGCCAGUUGCAAUUUUGUUGUUUCGUUUUAUGCCCUAAACAUCUUAAUGCAGUGGUCAUGUAAUGAUUGUCAGUGUCCUUGCAUCUGUUACUUGUGAAGUAGAUUAUAAGGUUUCAUAAAGAACCAACCCCAUGCGUUUAUGACCAUUUUUUAUAAACCCAACCACACAUUGACCUUGACCUUAUUGACAUUGACCUUUACACCAAUUAUCAGACUUCACUUUGACUUUCACCCAAUUUUGACGUAAUUUAUUUUUAGCUCCACUAUAAAUCAAAUAGUUAAAGCUGUACUACUCCCCCUUUGUUGGCGGCUGUGUAAUUCUUUGGUUAAGGGACAUGUGCAACCUCACCAUAUCACUGUUGUUACUGAAGGUAUUUUAUGGAAACUAUACAUAUGUGUUGUGGUCAGUGUGUGUGUGUGUGUGCGUGCGUGCGUGUGUGGUCACUGACCAAGUUCCAUAAAUCUGUUCUGAAGUUUAGCAGAAUGAUUCCCCUUUCUUAAUUCUAAAUAUCAUUUUAAAGUUUUUGUUUUCAAAAACAGAUUCAUGUUGCUACUAUAACUCCGGACAAAUUGCAUGUCAGUUAUCAUUUAUUAUCCCCCACCAAAAAGCGGAGGGAUAAAGAAUAGGUAUUAUCCGUAUGUCUGUCCAUCAGGCCCUUUGUCACACACUUUUCAGGGCUCUAUCUCAGAAACUAUAUAAGAUAUCAACAUGAAACUUCACGGGUUUAUAGAAUAACAAUUAGUAGAUUUGGUGGGGGAUAUCAUUUCAACGAUCUUGCUUGUUUGUAUUGUUUUACUAUUCUGAACAAAUUGAAUCUCACUUGAAUUUUAUUGUGCUCCUAUUUUGAAUAAAUUGCAUCUCAGGACAAGUGCAAUGCUUUUGCUCAAUUCCUUCUUUUAAUGUUUUGGAGUUUGUGUUGAUUUUGUUUAACCAGCAGUUAGUUUGUUUUAUAGUUUGUAUACUUUUCUUUUUGAAUUUAAUGGCCUUAUUCACUGUAUAAAUUGUUAAAUAGUUUUUAUUUUUCCAGCCUAAGUUUGCAUGCAAGUAAGAUUCUAGGUUAGAAAAUUAGAUCAGUUUCGUUCAUUUAUGUUUCUUCCACACAUUGUAAAUCAUUUCCAGUUCAGUCAGUGGGUUUCUUAUUGAGUUGUUGUGUUUGAGUUAUGGACUGGUAGGCUUAAAAUUCAUCAUUUCUUUGUAUUACUUCCUGAUAGGCUUAUAAUACAUGAUUUCUCUGUAUUACUCCAAAUUUGUGUUCGAUGAAACAUAUUCAUGUAAAAUCAUUAUGCCAUUGUCAUCAAUCUAUUGCAUGAGUCUGUGUACUUAGUACUGGUAAUCUGAUAAGAUUUGCUUAGUUUGCCUCGAUUGGUCAUUGUCAGAUCGGAUACUACUGAAAUAUACCCCUUGUACACUUAAGUUUACAUUUGUACUUUAAUGUACCCCGGGUACAGAAAAUAUACUUAAACGUACACCGGAUUUAUAAGGCUAAAUUGGUUGUUGGCAGCUAAUUUUUUUCAAAUUAAUUACGUUCUUAUUUAUGUCAAUAUUCUGUAAAGUGGCCUCUAUAUUAUUAAAACUCCUACUCAAAAAGGCCUGUUGAGGCAGGUGUUGUUCAAACAGAAUUUUGUUCCGUAUUCUGUAGCGCGUUUUUACAACAUCGGACUUUGGCCGCGAAUAAAACUUGGGUACAGUAUUAAUUGGCCGGGUAUGUGAAAGUAUAUUUUCUGUACCCUGGGUACAUUUAAGUAUGCUUAAGAGUACCGGAGCCGACGAUGACCACUAGAGCCUUUGUAAGCCCAGGAAGUGUGAGUAGGUUAACUGACUAACAUUAUUUGACUGAAACACUGGGCAAAAACGGUGAAAUCCAAUCAUGUAACCCAUGUUGAUAAGUUUUGGUGAAGAUAUGAAAGAUAAAGUAUUGAAAUGAAGAAGCUUCUUUUUCAAUGAUACAAUUUUCUUAUUUGAUACUUGACAAUUAGAACAUGCUUUGACUAGGACUGUGACAAAUGGUAUAUUACUAUUUGUUUGACAAAUGUAUAGUUUGUUUCAGAUUAAAUAAAUCAAUACAUGUAGCUUGCUUUUUCCAUGUAUUGAUUUAUUGAACAUAACAGUUUGAUUUUCUGUAAUUAUGUGACAUCUUUUUCUGAUGAAGUUACGUAUAUUAUCGAUUGUCUAGAACUAUUUGACAUAAUUUUUUCAUAAAGUUGUAUAUACAUUUUACAUGAAAUUGAGAGUUAUAAUUUAGACAUAAUUGUUGUAAGAGUUCGUUACUAUGAAUGAUCAUGAAUCCUGGUGUUAAAAAUAGUUUUUUAAUAAGAAAUUGUAACAAUAUGGUUUAUAAAUGUAUUUGAUGUGAUGUGUAUUCGUAUCUAUUUUAUAACUCUAGUUGACAAAUAUUGUAAUAAUUAAUGUUAGCCAUUCCUGUUUCUUUUAUCCAGAAGGUGCAUUCUUAAAUGUUUGUUCAUUUUGUUGUUUUCAUGAUCCUGUGUUUUAUUCUGUGCGUUGUGCACUGCCAAUAAUCUAUGAUCUAUUAAGGUGAUUCUGUUUGUUAGCCUUUGCACGUGCUAUUUUAUAUAUUUUGUUCAAUAGUUGUUUUAUACCCGCUGCUAUCAUAAUACAUAUGAAAACUUGGAAAGAAAAUAAAUUUUCGUUCCAAA